AUGCCAGUGCAAGCACCACAAUGGACAGAAUUCCUGGUGUGCCCUAUCUGCACCCAGACAUUUGAAGAGACUGUUCGCCGGCCCAUCAGCUUGGGCUGCGGGCAUACUGUGUGCAAGAUGUGCCUGAACAAGCUGCACCGCAAGGCCUGUCCAUUUGACCAGACAGCCAUCAGCACAGACAUUGAGCAGCUACCUGUCAACACGGCUCUGUUGCAGCUGGUGGGAGGCCAGGUUCCUAAAACUCAGCCAGUUGCCUUGAUCACCAGUCCAGAGGAUUCACAGCAUUAUGAGGAAGCCCGGCAGUGUGUGGAGGAGCUGGCCCUCUACCUCAAACCUCUCAGCAACACACGAGGUGUUGGUCUGAGCAACACAGCCCAGAGUAUGCUUAGUCGACCCAUGCAGAGAAAGCUGGUAACAUUAGUCCACUGCCAGUUGGUGGAAGAAGAGGGCCGUGUUCGAGCCAUGAGAGCCGCCCGCUCCCUGGGUGAGCGAACAGUCACCGAACUCAUCUUGCAGCACCAGAAUCCACAACAGCUCUCCUCUAAUCUUUGGGCUGCUGUCCGUGCACGAGGAUGUCAGUUUCUCGGUCCAGCCAUGCAAGAAGAAGCUCUCAAACUCGUUCUUCUUGCUCUAGAAGAUGGGUCUGCACUAUCCAGGAAGGUGUUGGUCCUCUUUGUGGUCCAGAGGCUUGAGCCACGUUUUCCACAGGCCUCUAAGACUAGCAUAGGCCAUGUAGUACAGCUCCUUUACAGGGCCUCUUGUUUCAAGGUGACAAAACGUGAUGAAGAUUCGUCAUUGAUGCAGUUGAAAGAGGAGUUUCGCACUUAUGAGGCUCUCAGGCGGGAACACGACUCUCAGAUUGUUCAGAUUGCCAUGGAGGGAGGGCUGCGCAUAGCACCAGACCAGUGGUCUUCUCUGCUAUAUGGAGAUCAGUCUCACAAGUCACAUAUGCAGUCUAUCAUAGAUAAACUACAGACACCAGCAUCUUUUGCUCAGAGUGUCCAGGAAUUGACAAUUGCCCUACAGAGGACAGGAGACCCAGCCAACCUCAACAGGCUGCGACCCCACCUUGAACUUUUGGCCAACAUUGAUCCCAGUCCUGAUGCUCCCCCUCCUACAUGGGAACAACUAGAAAAGGGAUUGGUUGCUGUCAAAACAGUGGUGCAUGGCCUUGUGGACUUCAUUCAGAACCACAGCAAGAAAGGAGCUGAUCCUCAGCAACCUCCCCAGCACAGCAAAUACAAGACAUACAUGUGUCGUGACAUGAAACAGAAGGGGGGAUGUCCCCGUGGAGCCAGCUGUACCUUUGCUCACUCUCAGGAAGAACUGGAAAAGUAUCGUAAGAUGAACAAGCGUCUGGCAGCUCGCCUCCCUGGCCCAGGGGGGCUUUUGUCUGAUGAGGGCCUUCCCCUUGACGUAACAGUGACCAGGAAACCUUCUCCGCUUACCAAUGGGAGUGGUGGUCCCUCCUUACCACAGUUAAUUGCCCGUGGUACCGACACAGGUGCAUAUGAUCUACGUAAACCUGUCAAAAUGGAUGGAGGGAGUCCCAAUGCUCCAGGGUCACCACCUGAUGUACUGGAUGCUGUUCCCAAAUCUGGUAUGCCACUCCCACCCCAUCCUAUGGCUCACACCAGGAUACCAGCAGACCACCUGUCUGGCGUGAAACAGAUGCCAGUGGUACCCAGAGGUUCACCAAUUUAUCCACAACAACUGCCUGAGAUGUACUACUCUGAUACACGUCCGCCACCUUCUGCCUCCCAGUAUGAACCCUCACAGUAUCCUACAGGGUACCCCUACCAGCCACCUCAGUACGUCCCUCGAGGUUACAUCCGCAAUCCUCCACCCCCCAGUGAGUCUGCAGUAGGUCCUUAUCAGGAUCCCUACCCUGGUUAUGGUCCACCAGACCGCCCCUACCAGGCUCCUCACUCAGGCACCCCCUUCAACUACCCUCACCCUCCACACUAUGACACCCGAAGUCGUCAUGGGACGUACAGUGGCCAACCACCUCCCCCUCAACCAUAUCCAUCUCAGAGGGAUGACCUUGUCAGAAUGAGCCCUGUGCCUCUGGAUGUGCCCCCACCAUCAGCAGGGCAAGCCAGCUCUCUCUAUCACCCUGAACCCACUGUUCGUGACAGAUACCCACCAGAUGGCUAUUACCCUCAGGGCACACAGCCUCCACCUAUGAGGGCUUAUGGCAGAGGGCCAGGAUAUAGCAGUUCCCAGCCAAGCUUGGAUUAUCUGCAUCGUCGGCGGCAGGAGCUGUUAUCUCAGCUGGAGGAAAGGAAGGUCAUCUCCCCUCCACCCUUUGCUGCUUCCCCCACUCUUCCUCAUCCCUUUCCAAGCGAUUACCCUCCUGAGUACGGUGAGGAGAGUUCCAAAGCUUUUGGGAAGUGUCGAGAGUCUGACUAUGCAGGACAAUAUUCCCCAUGGUCUUGUGAGACCAUUGGCUCUUACAUUGGUUCAAAGGAUGCCAAACCCAAAGAAGUGAUGGUUCCUGGUACCAUGGAGAUGAUGAAUGUGGACACUAAAAGUUUGAGGGAACCUUCGCUGGAGGCUCGGAGGGGUACCGAAGUCAAGGAUGAUGAUCCCAUUAUCCCGUUUGGCCCCCAGCCCACUGUGUCACGCUUUGGUGCAAUCUCCCGCACUUCAAAAACUGGAUACCAGACCACUGGCCCUGUACAGGCCAUGGCCUCUACUUCCCAGAACCCAAACUCUAAACAUAUGGCCAUGGCAGAGUACUCAUAUGUAAGCCAUGGAGCAUGGGGUGGAACUUCUUACCCCUCCCAUCAGACCGCCUCCUCCUCUCAGGGACAUUUUAGUGAGCGCCUAACUUUGGCAGCCUCAGACAGAGAACAGUUGAAGAUUGAACUGCAGCAGGUCAACCAUCAGAUCAACCAACAGACGCAGAUGCACAGCAUGGAGGCUGCCAGUAACUCAUUACUGCUGCAGAGAGAUGCCAGUGCACUGCCAGGGCAGCCUGUGCUGUCCAACCAGGGCCAGCCAGCAGCAGCCCUACAGCAGCCCAAGUGGCCAACAGGGGGAGUAAGUGCAGCAGCUGUCUCCAGUGAGCAGCUCAGCCUGGAGCUCCACCAGGUGGAGCGAGAGAUCGGCAAGAGGACCCGUGAAAUGGCAAUGGAGAGCCAAGUAGCGCAUGACAUGCAGCAGUACAAGAUGAAGCCUGCAGAGAAUGGACAGCCUGAGCACAAAGGUCAGCUGGAGGACAUGUCUCUGGCCCUCAGCGAGGUGUCAAACGGCUCCAGCAGUCUGCAGGAAAGUGUUGUGGGCGGGUCCAUGCUGUCACUGGCGAAUAAGGCGUCUACAUUGAGCCUGUGUUCUGACUCGGGUGCCGGCGGUUCAGAGCUGCAGAAGAAUGGCGUCCAUUCCUGCUCGUAGGCAGCACACUCUCAAACUCAGAAUGCUCAUUUGAAAGCAUGCACAGGCAAACAUACACCCAUUCUGUUUAGAAGAUGAGCAGUAUCUGCCGUGAUAGAAAUUUUCUUUCUUUUUGUUCUGUGAAUGAGCUUUUUUAAUGACUUUCCUUGCCUGGAAACCAAGGCAUAUAACAUUUCUUGUGUGUGCAUUUUGUUUUGUGUGCGUGUGUGUGCUUUUCUUUUUGGGGGGGUUAUUGUAUCGCAAGGUCACUAUAGAUUCUACUAGGAAGGGCAAAUGGUGGUGAUGUUGAUACUGGUAUGUAAUACUGUUCAAGAGGGCAGGCCGAUGACAUAUAUUUGAGCACAGAAGAGGCUUGAUUUAGUUCUAUUUUACAUAGGUAUGUAAAUAAACGGUUACAUGCAGAGCACUGUCACAUAUGCACUGUGAGAACAUAUAUGUUCAUCACUUCUUACAGGUGAUGUUCCAUGAAGUUAUUGUAGGCGAGAGAAAAAAAUGUGGCACUUGGUGCUCACCCCCAGAAUCGUUUAAAACCAUCAGAAUUGGUUGCCCAGAUUCAGAGGGUCUGAGAAGGGAAAUGCAAUCAAAUAUUAAGUCAGUAUUCAUUUGAAAUUCGGACUCAAAUCAGCAAGGUUGGCUUCUUUUUUUUCCCCCCCUCGACCCAUUUGUACCUCAUGCACAUGCUCACUCGCCGCGAGAAGAGUAAUUUUAGUAGUGCAUUUUAUGAAUACAUCACGUCUGUUUCAUACUUGAAAAGUGGUAUGUUAUAUAUUUAAUUGAGGCAUUCUGUUUUAAAGAUUGCGAAAAAGUCUUUUUGAUAAUGAGCUUUCUACAUGUUUUCUACAAGGGAAUAUUCUCUGCGCUUCUGACCUGACGUGGGUUCGGCCGCGGUGCCUUUCGCCUGUGUGCUCUGAAGGGCUGGCGUUUAGUCCCAGUCUGGUUUUAUUGUGAAGUCCUUCAAAGCAUGUUUAAAUAAAGAAAAUUUUAUUUAUGUAUAUAUAUAUAUAUAUUUUAGUUUUUCAAAAUACACACACAAACCCAAGUGAAAGGGUGCAUUUUCUGCACCAGGAAUCUAUUGAAUCCUGCAUUUGAUGUGAAUGUGACUGUCAGGGUGAAUAAGGAUUUCCCUCCUCAGAGCCUCUCAUCUGGUCACACAAAAGGCCUCCCCAUUGGGAUUAUCUUGUCAUUUGUUCUCCUUAACUUCUAUGAAGUUGCCUUCCCUUGUGUCGUUUUAGUUUUGUGUUACUUUUCAUGCUCUACGUUGUUGUGAUUCGGGGGUGUAGCUUACCUCGUGAUGGCUUGACAGAACUUCUAUUACAAAAUGGUUAACUUCAAAGCAUUUACUUGGAUGUUUUUUUUUUUUAAGAACCUUAAUUUAUGGAAAGGCCAUAACUGUUGUAGCGUUUUUAGCUGCGCAGCACAUUUGAAAUUAAGUGUACAGUUGAGGAUAAUAGUACUUGUUGCAGAAUUGGAAACGAGGAAUUUUUCUUUACAUUUCCUGAUAUGAAAUUUAAAGAAUGUAAAUUUCUCCUGUAUUUGAGUACUAGAAUGAUCAUGUUUUUGUUUUUGUUUUAACUCACAGCUUGUUGUCAUCACCACCACCAUUAUCGCUUUUAUUGCCCUCUCCAUGUUUACCUCUGAAGCUCAACAAAGCUUUUUUGCCUUCUGUAAGCAAUUAACGUGACUGUCUACAAUUUCAGUGCUCUGCCAGAAGCUAGUUACUGUGCUUUAACGGUUGGAGGAUAGAGGUGGCGCUGUAUGUUGAUCGUAGUCGAAUGCAGAACUUUCAUUUUUGUCAGAUGGGGCGUACUGAAAAACUGACAGUUUGGAAAAUUCCCUAACCCAAAUGUUGUCAGACAUCUUCCCUGAUUCAUUCGAAGAGCAUCUCUUCCACUUGAUUGGUAAUGUGGUAGCGAAUAAUUAGGGCGGGUUCUUUCUGGGGGGUUUUGUACCUCCACACCCACCCCCCACACCCCCCUUGCUGCAUUUAUUAUUUGGUACACAGUUCACUUAUGUGAGUAUGUAUACAUACAUUAAUAUACUAAAGCACUAUUAAUGUGCCACCUCUUAUUCUGCUUGCUCAGCAUUUAUAUUAAAUGAUCUCUACUUAGAAUCAGCUUUUUUUUUCUUUUUUUUUUUCAGUCUACUGGUUGCCAACACAGACUUUAUCCUUUCCCAGAUGAAGGACUUCUGUGUGCAUUGAUGUUAGAUCACUUAAACGUUUGUGUUCAAACAGAGAUGUUCUUUAUGGACUUUGCUUCCAAAGAAGACUAAAUUCUGUAUCUUUGGAAAAUUUAUGGAGACAUUUGGUGUGUAUUACAUUGUAUUGUAGAUAAAGUACAUGACUUAAGGUUGCGUGCGCCGCCCCCCCCCAAGAACAAGAGAUGUGUGCUGUACUGCAUGAUAGUGUUUGAGGUAUUAGGAAAAAAAUAAGUGUUGGGGUUGUUUCCCACCCCCAAUGGGAAGCUUCAGGAAGCCUCUGAUGAAAGGUUGGCCUUAUUUCCUCUUACGGUGGUCCUGAUUCUUCUACGGCAGCAUGAGGUGACUGGAAAAAUAUUGACAUUGUAUUGGCUUCAUUCACUCAUUCAGAUGAACUCCAACAGAUUGUCCUCCUUUGAGACAGCAUCCAUGCAGUAAUGAAGAUUUAAAGUAAGAUGUUUUAUGGUUAAUGCGAUGGCUAAAGCUGGAUGUCUAGUCUUAAUUCCCCCAAAUCCUUUUGAUUCUGCAGUAUUUGACAAAAUUGUUCGACAAAAUCUGACAGUCUUAAAUGGAUCAUCUGGUUUAGUCAUUUAUUCAAAGUCACACUAAGUUUGUUGGAAUUUUUUAAGGAUUCAGAGAAAUUGAUGUUCCGGCCUCAUUCUGUUGUGGUCAUGUUUAAUAAAUUGAGAUCAAUGAAUCUCAUGCAAAGAAGGAAUACAGUCAGAUCUAGAAGUGUUUGGACAGUGACAGUUCUUGGAAUUUUGCCUCUGUACACCACCAUAAUGGAGUUGAAAUUAAACAGUCAAGAUGUGCUUGUAGUGUCAAAUUUCAACCAUGUAGGAAGGUCAGCCAUUUUUAUACAUAGCCCCUGCAUUUUCACAGCCCACAAUAAGUAAUUGAAGAAAAUAAAUAUACACAUUAUUUUAUACGUCAUCACUUUCACAGCUAGUUUUCUUUAGACACAUCAGGAUAUGAACACAUUUUCCAAGUCACUAAAUAUCAAUAUCUAUACUUCAUUUGCCUCAAGCAAUAAGAAAUACAACCAGUGUGGUAUUCUUUAAAAUCUGCGUGAGAAGGCAGUUCUUGAAAAGUGACUGACCAUGCAAGGAGACAAGUGAGGAAAGUCAUCGGGACACCCAUUACAACUUUGAAGGAAUUACAUGGUUCUGCUGCGAUUGUAGAAACUGUAUACUGCGUCUUCUGUCUGUUGCAUCAUCAGUUAUACAGCUUUAUGGCAGAGUGGAACAGCGAAGGAUUUUCUUUAAAGAAGACUUGAAAUUUCAGCUGCGGUUUACCAGACGGUACAUGGGGGACUCCAGCUUGGAUUUGAUUGAUUUUCCUGGGUUGAAAUCCAUCUCAAUUCCACUCCACCAUGAAGCUGUGACUGUUGAUUCAACAAGCAGAAGUUGUAUUAUCCAGAUUUUCCAGUUACAUCCUCAAAAGCCGAUAACCCCUUCAGAGUUGUAAAGCGUGUCUUUGUGGCUUUUCUCACUCAUCUUCCUUGCACGGUUCUUCAGUUUUUCUGAACUGCCAACUUGACAAAGAUUUACCAUAAGGUAUUGUUCCGUUUUGUGUUUCUUAAUGAAUGAUACAAAUGAAGUCCAAGACACAUGACUUGGAAAUGUUCAAGUAUCCAUCUCCCUCAAAAAAAAAAAAAAAAAAAGCCCCUGGCUAUUCAAGCUGUAAUUUGUAUUCACAGUUCUGUUUGUAUUUAGUUUGUUCAGUUAGUUAUCUUGAUUGUCUCCUGUAAACUCCACUGCACCGAGGCAAAAUUACAAAUAUUGCUGUCUAAAUACUCGUGGACUUGACUCAGUAUUUUGUGGAGCUUCAUUCUCUUCAAGUGCGAGUCAACCAAAAAUCUAUGCUGAUUCUGCGUGAUCGUUUCACUGGUCUGAGGACCCAUCUUUAGCUUAAAAUGUGGUGAUUUAUUAUGUAGCAAAGACCUUCAUUUCAUUCUUGCUGUGUGCGUUUUUUUUUGUUGUUUUUUUUUUAGUGUAAGUGCUGCCGGCCUCUUCUAGACCUAUCAAAUGAACCCCUCCGCUCCCUCCUGUGACCACUGAACUCUGUUACUGCUGUUCAAGGUUCAGAUUUUAUUCCCGGACUUUCUGGGGAAUUUCACAAACUGUUUUUUUUUAUAUAUAUAUACAAUUACACCCUUGUAAAAUAUCUCUUAAAUUAAGGUACAGGUUUGAUUUCAGCAAGAAAAAUUUUUUAUAUGUAUAUUAUACUCCAUUAAGGAAUGUCUAGAAUUAUCUUCCUCCAAUGUGGAUGUAGCCAUUAUAACGCCAUUUUAUGACUUUGUAAGAGAAUUCACUGUGUGAAAAUUGGUUUGCAUUUUUGUAUAAUACAAUCUGCUUUUUGUUUUGUUUUGUUUGAUAAGAGAGAGAGGUCAAACUGGAAGUUUGAUGAAUGAAAAAAAAAUAAAUAAAAGAACCUGUGAAAUUGAGUAAACAAAAACUUAUGUACAACAGUGAUUCUAAGAUGAGGGGAAAGAAUUAAAGGUUAUUGCUAACUGAA